CAUGAAGUUACUUAUAUUUUGCUCCCUGGUAAGUUUAGCAGUGAGUGCAAAUAUUUUUGGGUACUCUGUUGUGCCAUCACCAAGCCAUCACAAUGCCAUAUACAAUAUAUUAAACAAAUUGGCUGAAAAAGGACAUAACAUCACAUAUAUAACACCGUUUCCAAAAAAUAACACACUAAUGCACGAAGUUGAUACAUCCUUCACAGUAGAAGUAUACGCAGAUCUGUUAAGAUCUUUAAAGAUGGACCAUUUUGUUGAUUUAAUAUGGGCUUGCUUCCAUAUUAUGGAUACGUUAUCUGAAAGUGUUAUCAAGAUGGAAAAUGUGAGAACAAUUUUUAGCCAAAAAUUUGAUGUCAUCAUCAUUGAGAAUAUAACCCCAUUGACAUAUUCCAUAGGUUUGGUCAAUGAGGCACCUAUAAUAACUUACUCAUCUCUACCUGGUUUUCUCAACACUCACGAUGCUUUAGGAAACCCCAUACACCCUGUACUAUCCCCAAAUUUCAUAUUACAAAGUGGUAGAAGACCUACCUUCUGGCAUCGAUUAAUCAGUACUCUACAUGACCCUGUAUUUAGGUUGUUAUAUAAAUAUCACAACGUGCCAAAAUGUAACAAAAUAGUGCAAAAAUAUUUCGGUGAUAAUCUACCCUCGCUAACUGAAGUAGAAAAAAAUAUAUCUUUGGGUUUGUUCAAUAGGAAUUUUGUUUUUGAUGAAAUAAGGCCAAGCGUACCUGCGGCUGUAGAUAUUAGUUCUGCACAUAUUAACCCUCCCAAAAAAUUACCUAAGGACAUAAAAGAUUUUAUGGACUCAUCUAAAAACGGUGUAGUAUAUUUCAGCUUUGGUACCACCGCACUAUCUUACUACCUAACCAAGCACAAAAUGCCCAUGAUAAUAGAAUCUCUUUCAUCCCUACCUUACGACGUACUAUUUAAACACAGCGAACCAAUGGUAGUGCCAAAAAACUUCAUGGUCAGGGAUUGGCUACCACAACAAGACGUUUUGGCUCACCCCAACGUAAAAGUUUUUAUUUGCCAAGGUGGUAGACAAUCUUUGGAGGAAGCUGUCUAUAAUGGAGUGCCUAUUUUAACAUUACCAAUCAUGGGGGAUCAAAUACAAAAUGCCAUAAAUUUGGAGGAUAAAGAGCUAGGGUUAAAACUAGAUAUUCAGACUGUUUCCAGAGAAACAUUAACAAAAACUAUUGUGGAGGUGGCAACGAAUAAAAAGUUUAGACAGAACGCGAUAAAAAUGAGUAAAAUAUUGAGGGAUCAUCCCAUGUCAGGAUUAGAGACAGCCGUAUGGUGGAUUGAAUACGUUUUGAGACACAAAGGGACUGAGCAUAUAAAAUCGGGUUUUAUUGAUAUGCCUUUUUACCAAUACUACCUUCUCGAUGUGAUGGGAUUUAUUUUAGUAGCUGCGAUUUGCUUGUUUAUGAUUUCCUUUACAAUAUUUAGGUUUAUAAGGAAGAAUAUGUGUAAAAGAGAUAAACUUAAGGAGCAAUAGAGCAACUUAAGUUUUCGUUAAAAAUGCUAAUAUGAGUAAUAUUUUGUAUUAUUGAUUUUUUAUCUUUCGAAUAAAUUUGUGUACAAAUUAGUCUCUUUAUUUAAAAUCAAAUAAAAUUUUACAACAAUGUAAAAUGCUUUUUCCAGAUAAUUUUAC